AUGGAUUAUGGUGUGGUGCAUGCGCCUGGUCCUUACACUAUUCGGAUCCAAGGUCAAACCCACCAUAGAAUUGGCUCGCUUAUACCGCAACAAGGCCGUCUCCCAGAGUAUCUCCAGCUUUAUAUAUUUGAUACCACAAACGAAGUCAGAAACCGGUUAAACGCGAUGGGUCAAACCUCGACAGAAGGUAAUCUUGAUGAGACAACCUUAACGCGCCUAAUCGAGAUGAUUGACGCGAAUAAUUGUUUAGCCAAGUUUUUUCGACGGGCACGUGACUACUACGAAAGCAACGGGAAAGAGUUUACUAUUAGGUUGCUCCCAGAUAAAGGGAAAGGGAAAGAGUACGAUCUUCCGAGUACGAGUGAAGUCGCAGGCCUUAUCGUAGGGGAUAUGUCAUCAACAAUUGGAGAACGGGAUAUAGUGGUCCAAUUCCAAUCUGACACAUUGCAGCAGAUACGUGAUGAUCACCCUCUAUACAUGAGCCUCCAAUAUCCUCUUCUGUUUCCAUAUGGUGAGUAUGGUUUUCACCCUGACAUCCCGUUACAUCUUCAGACAGGCACUUCAAGAACAAGGCAAUUCCUAACCCUACGCCAAUUCUAUGCUGCCCAGAUACAAACACGGCUUAACCAAGGGAUGACGUUGGUUAAAGGCGGUCGUCUCCUCCAUCAAUAUGUUGUGGAUGUCUAUACGGCAAUUGAAGAAGAUCGGUUAAGGUGGGUGAGGAAUAAUCAAGAUGUCCUGAGAGCCGAGCUCUACAGUAAUGUACUUGAUGCUGUUGGCAAGGGUGACACUGAUGCUAAAAUUAUUGGCCAAAGGUUCAUACUACCGCCAAGUUUCACCGGUGGGCCACGUUACUUAGUCGAGAAAUACCAUGAUGCGAUGGCCAUUUGCAGAGUAUAUGGGAAUCCAGAUUUGUUUAUCACAAUGACGGCAAAUCCUAAUUGGAGGGAGAUUAGAGAGCAUCUUGAGAAAUAUGGUGGAGACUCUCCCAAUGAUAGACCAGACAUUGAAUGUCGAGUCUUUAAAAUGAAGUUAGAUCAGCUACUCAAGGAUUUCAAAAACAGAACUUUUUUCAGGCCAUACACGGCAGCUCUCCACAGGAUAGAGUUUCAAAAAAGAGGGCUCCCACAUGCACAUAUAUUAUUGUGGUUGGGAAACUCUUCCAGGACACCGAGUGCAGAGGAGAUAGAUGGGAUUAUUUCAGCCGAGCUCCCAAACAACGAAGAAGACCCAGAAGCCUCCAAUUUAGUAAUAAAACACAUGAUCCAUGGUCCAUGUGGUGACGCUAAUCGGAAGUCACCAUGUAUGGAGAAGAAUGUCUGCACCAAAAAGUAUCCUCGACCGUAUAAUGACAAUACUUCAAUUGAUAAGUCUGGGUAUGUAUUAUAUCGUCGGCGUCGGAACGAUGAUGCGACUGUGGUAAAGGAUGGGGCAAUUCUAAACAAUAACUUUGUUGUGCCUCAUAACAUUAAGCUCCUGAAGAAGUACGAAGCUCAUAUUAAUGUUGAGUGGUGUAAUCGUACGAGUGCAGUAAAGUAUUUGUUCAAAUACAUAACCAAGGGUGUUGACAGAGCAUCUGCAGUUAUAGAAAAGGGGUAUACGGCAACUACAUCUGACGCAGUGGCCUCUAGCGAACCGAAGGAUAAAGUUAUCAAGCAACGGAAUGAGAUCCAAGAAUUCAUCGAUGCUCGAUAUCUUUCAGCUUGUGAGUCUAUGUGGCGGACAUUUGCAUUCCACAUACACAAAAGAAAGCCAUCAGUUGAGAAGCUAAUCAUUCACCUAGAAGGUGAACAUAAUAUCACAGUUAAAGAAACUGAUAACCUCGGCCGUGUAAUCUGCAAGCCUGGUAUUGAGAAGACAAUGUUCACUGAAUGGAUGGUCUUAUGCAGAAGGUCUGAGUUUGCACGAACGUUGACUUAUGUGCAAAUACCUGAAUAUUUCUUAUGGAACAACACUACGAAAGUGUGGUCUGAGCGUAAGAGAGGAAAAGCCAUUGGGAGAAUCGUAGCGGUCCACCCAUCAUCGGGUGAUCGGUACUAUCUAAGGAUCCUCAUAAAUAAGAUUAAGGGUCCUAGAAGUUAUGACGAACUUAAAACGUUUAACGAUGUGAAAUACCCCAACUUUAAAUCGGUUUGUCACGCACGAGGCUAUUUGGACAAUGAUGUUGAAUGGUACGAGAGUAUGUCAGAGGCUGCUAUAUCGGCUACCCCAUUCCAACUCCGGGAUAUGUUUGUCAUAUUCCUAAAUAAUUGCUUCGUUACGAGCCCUAAAAAAUUAUGGGAACACUCAUGGAAGUCAAUGAGUGAGGAUAUACUUUACAAGAGACAAAGGCUUUUGGGUCACGAAAAUCUAGAACUGGAUGAUGAGAUCCUUGAGCAGUACACGUUGAUCGAAGUGGAAACGUUGAUGCGCAUGAGUGAACGCUCGCUAAAUGAUAUUAAGGAGAUGCCGAAGAUCAAACCUGUUUUGCUAAAAGAAUUGGGGAGCAGUUUGUGGAACCAAGAAAUGGAUUACGAUGUUGCUGACGAAACACUAAGACAUGACAAGCAGUACAGCUUACUUAAUGAUGAGCAACGUGCAAUUUACGAAUCAGUCUUAGAGUCUGUUGAUAAAAAGGAUGAAAAGUUAUUCUUUCUACAAGGCGCAGGAGGCACUGGGAAAACUUUCCUAUACCAAACCAUUAUAUCCAGACUUCGCUCAAGAAAGAAGAUCGUUUUGCCGGUUGCCUCUUCAGGUAUAGCUGCAUUGCUUCUGCCUAGCGGGAGAACAGCUCAUUCUCGCUUUAAUAUUCCUUUAAAGCUAUCUGAAGAUAAGCUCUGCAACAUCAAACCAGGUACAAUGCUGGCCGAACUAAUCGAGAAAACAGACCUCAUAAUUUGGGAUGAGGCACCUAUGACUCAUAAGCAUGCUUUCAAAGCACUAGACAAAACGUUGAAGGACAUAAUGUCUAAGAAAAAUACACCCACAAAGGACCAGACUUUUAGCGGCAAGACAGUUUUGUUAGGUGGUGAUUUUAGACAGAUCUUGCCAGUAAUUCCACAUGGGAAUAGAGCUGAUACUGUCAUAACUUCAAUAAGUCAUUCAUAUCUAUGGGAUAGCUGCCACAAGUUCUCUUUGAAAACAAAUAUGCGAGUCAAUCAAGAUGAGAAGGAGUUCUCCGAGUGGCUUCUCAAAGUCGGGGAAGGUCGCACACAAUCAGUACAAGAAGAUGAGGAUGAUGGCUACCAUGAACAGAUGAUAAUUGUCGACAAAUCACUAGUUCGAGAGGUUAAGGAUGACUCUUUAAAACAAGUUGUUGAUGUCGCAUAUGGAGAUGUCAACAAGGUAAAGGCCUCCCAAAGCUCCUACACUGAUAGGGCUAUACUCACACCUCGAAAUGAAACAGUCGAUGAGAUCAAUGCAUACACAAUCUCCAAAACUGACGGGAAUUCAAGAGACUACUAUAGUUACGAUAGCUUUGAGAUUUCGGACACUCAAUCUGAUCAAAAUGAUACGUUAUACGCGAUUGAGUAUCUCAAUUCCUUGGAAUUUCCAGGAUUGCCUUCUCAUAAGCUCACUCUCAAAGUUGGGGCCCCGAUUAUGCUUCUGCGAAACAUAAAUCAGAGAAAAGGAUUAUGUAAUGGUACCCGUAUGAUCCUAACUUACAUAGGCGAACGAGUGCUUAAGGCAGAAAUAAUCACUGGCUCACACAUUGGAAAAGAAGUAUUGAUACCAAGGAUUGUUCUCUUGCAUGAUGAAACAAAGCUACCGUUCACUUUACGUCGACGACAAUUCCCUAUUAGAUUGUGUUAUGCAAUGACAAUCAACAAAAGCCAGGGACAAAGUUUGAAAGAGGUUCUCCUAUAUCUUCCUAAACCGGUCUUCGCACAUGGUCAACUCUAUGUAGCACUCUCACGUGUAACAAGCAGAUCAGGACUAAAAAUCAUUAAAGGCGAAGAUUCACAUCCACAAAAAGUGAAGAACAUAGUUUACAAAGAAAUAUUCAACCGCCUUCGUUCCCAUGAGAGUAAGUAA